GACGUGUUCGUCGCAUGUUCGUCCAUACAGCUGCAGCGGUACGGUGAGUUGCCAAGCAUAAUGGGUUUCCAGAGGUGUGGUGUUAGGUGGUUGCUUUCAACAAUGUUUUCAACAUUUUCAAUACUUUAUAUAUUUAUUUUACCAUUUGUAAAUACAGACACAAGUAUUAGUUAUGAAUAUGUAACCUGCGGAUCUGUAAUUAAGUUCAUGAAUACACGACAUAAUGUGCGUCUCCAUUCACAUGAUAUUAAGUAUGGUUCUGGUAGCGGUCAACAGUCUGUGACAGCGGUAGAAGCAAGUGAUGAUAAAAACAGUUAUUGGCAAGUAAAAGGGAAAAAAGACAGACCAUGUACUAGGGGAACUCCAAUCAAAUGCGGUCAGACAAUCCGUCUUUUUCAUGCGGACACUCGUCGCAAUCUACAUAGCCAUUUAUUUAAAUCUCCGCUGUCACAAAACCAAGAAGUUAGUGCUUUUGGAGAGGAUGGAGAUGGUGAUGAUGGGGAUUACUGGGUUCUUACAUGUUCGGGAAAAAAUUGGAAAAGAAAUGAGCAGGUUCGAUUAAAACAUGUAUUAACGGAAAAAUAUUUGACUGUAACUGGUGAGGUGUAUGGUAGACCUAUUCACGGCCAAAGAGAAGUCUGUGCGCAAGGAUCACCCAACUCAAAUACGUACUGGAAAGCAAUGGAGGGAGUUUAUAUAAAACCUAAUGAAGAAGAGUCUUUGUGAAAUGAAGCUGGACAAGCCCACCGAGAGGAUUUUCCAUCAUUACAUGAUGAAUUUUAACUAAAACUACAGCGAAGCCACAACUUCAUUCCCAAUCCUAAGUGCUCGCACUCAAAUAUGUAACCACCAACACCACAGUUCUGCACCAACCACCAGAAGAAGGGUAGGGGUAACCUUGCAAAAUAUAAUGGUAGUUUUAUUAUUCUAAGCAGAAAUUUCUCACAAAAUCAAAAAACCUUUGGUACCAUAUGUAAAAAUGUGGUUUUACCUGAAGAGACAACCAAGCAGUGAUUUUACCUCAAAAACCAUAUUUUUACACAUGGUGUAUUGAAGGUUUUAUGAUUUUGUUGAUACUCGCAACCUAUGUGUUAUGGGUGGGUGGGUGAUAACAUUAGUAAACUCUAAAUAAUAAGAGUGGAUUUAAGGAUGGACAAAGGGUUUAAUAAAUGUUGGUGGAGGUGGAUUUUAUAAAUCUCUCAUUCUGGAAUUAAAAAAUGUGUUGGUAUUUAUUAUUAUAAACAAUAACUGUAAUAAGCUCCUCUAAUGAAUGUUAACCCUUCCAGGUAGCUUGUCCAAAUCUUAAAGUUAAUUCUCUUUGUUUUUAGUUUUUGAUAUCAGAAUGUUUUUGUUUGUUUAUUAAAUUCUUGGUGUUUAUGUUGUUGGGGUAUAUUUAUGCAAAUAAGCCUCAUAUAUUUUUUUUUUCUUUUCAAUUCUUUUCUGCUAUUUUUAAAUCUCUAGUAUUUUAAUAACUAUAAAUUCCAUACCUUAUUUUUUUUAUUAGUCAUAUUGUACCAAUAAUAUAAAUAUUCAAGAUAAUAAUAAUAAUUAUUAUUAUAAUAUUAUUUCAUUCUUAUAUAGCGCAAAUAAGCAAACUCUCAAUGAGCUGUACAUAAAAAACAGAAUAAGGAUGUGAUGUUAAAUUAAUGAAAAACUUCAUGGGAAAGUUAUUUUCUGUAUAAUUAUUUUGAAUACAGUACAUGAACAAAUCUCUUUACUUAAAAUUAUAAUGCAAAGUUCCAUUAUUUCUAUGUGCUACUGUAACCAAAGCUCUUGUAAACUAUUAUUUGUGGAUUGUACUAUAUGCAAUGAAUAUUCUCCUGUGAAGUUCAAUUCAAUCAAAUUUACUAGAAUAUGUCAUCUUUCAUUUUUCUCAUUUAGUAUGAACUUUUGAAUAUCGCAUAGUUUUUUAGUAAUUUUAGUUAACAUUUAAAAUGUUGCUUUUAUUAUGUUCUACUGUACUGCCAUAAUUAUGUGUAUCUAUUCUUCCAUUCAGUUGAAUUUAAUUUAAACAGAAAGAUGAUUAUUACAUAAUACAACUGCUUCUUUGUACUUAAACAGUACUAUAGGGUUAUGUUUUCAAUCAUUUUCGCAAGAGCACAGACAUUCUUUUCUGUUACAUUCCUCCCCCUGAAAGAGUACACAUUUCUAAAUUAAUUACAGUUGAACUUGCCCAAGUCAAAUCCAAAAUGCCAUUGAAAAAUUGUUUGACUUGGAUAAAAUUUGACUUACAGAUUGUUAAUUACUGGAAAAUACAACAAUUUGGCAUUUAAAAUAAGAUUGACUUAAAAAUUACUGAGUUAGGCAAAGUUGACUUGGGUAAAUUUUACUGUAUUUUAAAGACAUUAUAAUGCACACACUUUUAGAUCCCUUCCCAGUGUACGUUUUUUUUAAUCUCCAUUAAAUUAUGGAAAAAUGAAUGACCACCUUGCCUUUGGCUUUGUCCGCACUAUCAUGUUGUAUACGACAAAUAUGGAUGAUUUGCAUUAGCAUAAUAAUGUCAUAAUAUCCAUAUAUGGGUACAUAGUUGCCGCAUAAAAUAUGAUGGUAUGCACAGAGCUUUAAUUUGCAUAAUGCAUGUGGUUGUCCAUUUGUCCGUAGGAAUGUUGAAACUGUAGUACAAUAAAUCGUAUAUAUUAUAAUAUUUAGCUUUUCGCACAAUAUCAAAGAUGGUGUGAGUAUCGUAUAUUUUUUGUUAUUUGGUAUUUAUUUAGCGCCUUCCUUUAAUUUACAAAGCCCUUUGCUUUCCCUGGUUAUUGGGUCCACAUGCUUAAGUGUUGCUGCCAUAUUGUCGCAAUUACAGGUAACCCCACCAGGUACGCAUUUGUACUCCUAGGUGGAGUGAUACUACGCAGGUAAAGUGCUGUGCUUAAGGACACAAGUGAAGAAGUUCAUACAAUGUUAAAUUCUCCGUAGGAAUUAAACUUCACUAGAAUUUAGCAUCUUAAAUACACUGAUUCACAUACGACAAAAUAUUACACAGGACACAUGGCUAUUUAUAAAUCAGCUUCUCGAGAUACAUCCUACCAAAAUCACCAUCUUCACUUGAGUGCAAAGCUAAUAUUUGGUACAAAUAAUAUAUGCAGAUGUUGAAGAUAGACGCAACGCCACAGUGAAAGAUAAGCUUUGCCCUGUAUAGCCAGACACUAUGCACCAAACGGUCGAUAUUGAUGCUGCUUGUAUUAUCAUUAAGCACCUUUUAUUUAUGUCAGGCACGUACAAGCUUUAUACAUGCUGCACUAUUAUGAAAUUUUUGAUUGAUUAAUCCUGAAGAAGACUGGAUUAAUUCAUUCUUUAAAUUGGUGAAUGUUUUCAAUUUCACUACAUUUUCAUCAGAUGUAUUUUGGCAUUUAUCUAAAUGGUUCAGCGUUGAUGAUAAAUGAAUAUAAGUAUACCCUGAUGGACAGAAAGUGUUCAUUUGAUAUCUUCAUGAGUAAAUAGUUUGUUGAAUGAAGAGGUUAGAUUAUAAAUGAGUAGAAAUGAAUAUGAAAUAUAUGUUGAACUCUCAAAGUAAUGAUAGUUGUUUCACUUGGAACACUAUUAUUUAAAUUUUGCUCUCUAUGAGAAUAAUGAUAUCAUUGUUACCAGUGAUCACGACUUGUAAUCACAAUAAUAGUGAACUGGGACCACAUAAAUACGUACUGUAUAAAAAAAAAAUUUCUAUUAAUGACUAAUUAUAGACUUCUUCAAUUAAAGACCACUUUUCUGUGGUGCCAUAUUGAUUAAUAAAUGUUACUAUUACUAUUCUAAUUAGAGGCUAAAGCUGCUAAAGACCAUAGAUACCCCGGUCCCAAAAGUGGUUUUGAAUCGGACAGAGACCUGUAUGGAAUAAUAGAUUGAUUAUUUGAAUGCUUACUAUGUUAAAAUUAUUCAUUAGUUGAAUCAAUAUACUAGAGAAAUUUGAUUAUUUUACCAUGAUUUAAAGUGUAUGCCCUGUGCUAGUAAAAUUAAGGUGUUCAAACAAAAUUUAAUGGGUUUAUUCAAAAUGGGUGUGUUUGGAGGGAAGGGGGUUGGUGAUGGAGUUAAAACACUAGACCUUAAUAUAAUUAUAUUCACACGCAUUAUAGAGAAUGAUUCAAAUUCGGUUUCCAUGAAAUUAUGCCUUAAACGAGGUGCCUUUACGUGGUUCAUGACAGUAUUAAAAUGACCGUUUAACAUUGA